AUGACCAGGAACAAAGUGCCUCUUGCAUAUCUCCCGAGCGACGCUGCAAGGAAGACAACAUAUAAGAAAAGGAUGAAGGGUCUUGCGAAAAAGGUGAGUGAAUUAACCAUUCUUUGUGGGAUUGAAGCAUGUGCCAUUGUUUUUAGCCCCUAUGAAUCUAAUCCAAAAGUUUGGCCAAAUUCAAGAGGAGCCCAGCAGGUAAUCGCAAGGUUCCAAAAUGCACCUGCGCCGGAUGAAAAAAGGAAUUUGAACCAGGAGAGUUUUGCUAGGCAAAGGAUUGCCAAAAUUAAUGCACAACUUGAGAAGCAGCGUGAAGAGAAUUGCAAGAAGGUGACAAAGCUAGCUGUAUUCCAGUGUGCUGAAGGGAAGAGUAUGGGUGACGAGAUGAUCGUGGAUCUUGAUGACAUUGAUCGCUUGACCCAGGAGAACAUAAGCAAGAUUAAGAAUAAGAUGGAUGAGUUUAUUUGA